AGGCAUCAUGAGCAGAUAAGUUCUAAACAAGGUCAGCCACUAUUUACAUCAAGUCGUGUAGGCCGUCCCACCAGGUCGUGAGCACGACGCAUACCUCUAAGUGACUCAAAUGUAUGCCCUUCUUCUUCUCACGACGACGAAGUAGUAUGAUUUCAUGACAAAUAUGACGAAGAUGGCCGAAAUUGCGUCGCAUUUGUUCUGGGUCUCGCACAUUUUUUCGGGCGACAAGCCUUCUACAACUAUGGUUGUUAAAUAAUAUGCGAUGAUGAACGGAGACGGACCACUCCGACUCGCAUAUCAAAAAUCCGACAAUCUUCGACCUCGCCUUCCUAUCAAGGACCGCGCCUUGUUCCUUUCGAGACAACCAAGAUGAAGUCAGCUGACGAACACGAUGAAUCAGCUGACGAACUCGCUGCUCUGGAGUCCAGAAGGGAGGAACUAGCACUCGAAUUGAAGAAAUGUUAUGUUUUAAUUUAGUGAGACCACACAGAAGGUGUUGUACUAGUAGAAAUAAUCAUCUUUUUAUUAACUCGAACUUCUUAGUAAAGUGAAUUCAUUAAACAGGACAAUGAUGAUGAGCUCAUCUCCUGAUCAUGAUGAAGCUACAUUUUUACGACACUGAGAUACUUAUUGUCCCCUUGAAGUUGAAUUACGGUGGAUAAGCUUUAAGGAUGGCAAGAAAAAAUAUCGAUCCGUCGGUCAGCGCGUGACCAGCAAAGAACCUUUUUCGAUGUCAAAAGUCGAUGCCAGGUACUAGCUUCAUUAUUUUUACGUACAUCUCCAUCUGUGGUUGCGUAGAGGAAGUCAGAGUUUCAUUUAGACUCGAAGGUCUUUCACCCAGUAGGUAGGUACCCUUACUUCGCAUUUCAUAGCAUAUGCCGUUAAUUUUUUUUUUUUCAGAUCCAAUCCUUACUACGCGAAAACGAGGAAGCGGGAAGUCGCAAUGAUGUAUGGCAUCAGAUAACUACUUAGAACAAUUUUCUGGCCAAGGACAAAAAGGAAUUCGAAAUAACCAGGAGGCGACUUUGAGCAUAAUACUUCAUCAACUACUAUUUUCAAUACAUCAAUUUUGAGCACAACUCUGAUUCAUCAACUCUGCUUAAAAAAUCAAUAUAUUCUAAGUAUCGAAUUCAAGAGAAUCUGCGAUGACGUAGCCCAUUCGACACGAAGUGGCGGCCUCGGGAAAGAUUGGCAACGCUUUUUACAAACAGCAUCGCAGACAUACCCCGACUUCCUGUCUAAGAUAUGAUCCGAUUGAUUAAAACGCCCAUCUAACAGUGAUGUAUGACAGUCUUAAAACGUUAUUUUAGCAAAACGUUAAAAAUUGAUUUCUUAGGAAUCUAGUCGGCUAUUUUAAAAAAUCAACUUUUAACGUUUUGCUAAAAUAACGUUUUAAGGUUGCCAUAUGAUGAGGAAGAUGAAUAUUACAGAUGAAGAUCAACAUUCAUCAGUUUAACCAGCACUACAACUAGAAUUAUCUUUUCUUCAAGCUCUUUUGAUACCCCGAUUAAAGCCAUUGAUUACUUCUAUCCGCAUAUCAACCUGUUUUCAUACCCCGACGCCUACCGUUCUCUUGCGUCGCAGUGUCGUCAAUUUGAAGCUCAGAAUGGAUAUGAGAGUAGUAGAGGACCUGCAGUGCGUGUGCAGGAAAAGACAGACAUCCGCCAAACAGAUCUGCGAACGUGGAAUAGCCGUUUCGUUUGGGCGGCACAAGGUAUGAAGAUGAACUGUUGAAGCUGUUGUACUAUUUAUGUUAAACUGUUCUUGAAGCUGUAGUUGUACUAUUUCGGUUAUGUUAAUAUGAAAAUUGAGACCCCAACCCUUAUCGUUAUCCUAGACUAGAAAGUAGAAAUGUAAAGUUUUUUUGGUAGAAAGAAGAAGUAGAAGUAGAACAAGUAGCUAUUGAUGUAUCUAUGUAUAAAUAUGUAUUCACACUGCACGACUAAUUGCACUAUUCAUCUUGAGACACGAAGAUAUACUCUAAUUGCAAUGGCGGUGAUGGUGGCGGAGGUGGAGGAGGACAACGUGGCACGGGAGUUGGAGGCACCACGACGUAUUACAACAAUUCGAAAGUUGUUAAGGCUUCUACUUCAUCAUCGUACUUCGACGUCGUCCUCUAGGAGUAAAGCAGGUAAAGUACCUACUGAGCUUCUUCGUGCGUCGACGUCGUACUCUAGGAGUAAAGCAGGUGAAGCACCUACCGAGCUUGUGGAAGAACAAAUGCGAGCGUGCAUGGUGUUGUAAUUGAACUUCGCUCAGCAUGAUCGAUGAGUAAAUGCUAUUUUCUCUUCAGAGUAAUGAGAAUAGACAGAAAUUUAUGAUUCAGAGUUUGAGCUUCUCAUUUUUCUAAGGAAAAAGGCGAAGCAACGAAGGAAAUUGCGUCUGUUGAAGACUUGGUGCGUGAAAUUCAGACGGGAGUGAUUACCUACGGCCGGAAUACCACUGACCGCUUUCUCACUCGAAAAUUAAGGCAAGAUGAAUGAACGCAAGGUCCAACGUUUACAGUAGAUGAAGAUAGAUAACAAUCAAGCUCUUGCUCUUCUCUUUCUCUCCGUUGUUUGUUGAAUAAAAAAAGGUCCUUCCACUCUCUGUAAAAUGUCUGUGGAUGCGCUAAGACAAGCAUCCGAGUAUGGUCACCAUGGCGGUAGCGUGUUUACCAAAAAUGCCAGUACACGACGAGCCCAAGACGAGCGGCUGCCCAUGGCGACAUCAGAGUUAAGGGGUUUAGGUUUGAAUCUGAUAGACAUGUUUCUAAGAAGAUACAGCUUUCCUCUUGACUUACCGUUACCAGAAAAAUUUCUAAGAUGUUUGUCACAUCUACUUGUAAGAUUGAUUAACUGUUCGAUCACCUUCGUUCGUUGGUAGAAAGAUCUUCUCAAAAGUGAUUACGUAGAUCCUCUAAAACCAGGUCAGCAGCCGGAAAACAAUUUUGGCAGCAUGGUACAACAACAAGCGAGGCCCUCCAACGUUCAUCAACAUCAGCAAGACCACGGUCUCCACACUGUACGAUACAGGAUAUUGUCAUGCUCCGCGUGGUUCGCCCAUCUUUAAUGGAUCAACUAGAACGUCCUGUACUUGUAGUACUCUUUCCCCUAUACAGCUUCAUUUUUAGUCGAGGAAAUGCACAGCGGGCACAACUACCUAGUUGGUAACAUCAACAUUUUAUAGAGGGUCGAAAACAUCAUUUUUGCCCUGGUGAUGUUGAUCUCCCGCUGCCCCUACAAGAACUACAUUGAGCAAUAAAGAGCUCCUAUUAUUUCAUGUGCUAGUCACUCACCCAACGCCAAUGUGGUCAAGUAUCGUGAGACUCCUUUCCUCUUUUGUAUCCUAGUCCCCCUGUCUAUCUAUACUACAAUACGGACAUUCCUCUUUCGUAUACAUGCAAUACAUAGGGAACCUCUACAUGCAAUAAGUAGGACUUAUUUUCUCUUUUAUAUCCUAGUCUUUUUGUCUAUACUACAAGCAAUAAGCGGUACAUUCUUGUUCAAGCAUAUCCUUUUUCAUACACUAGCACUACUCGUUCCAAUGGUGCCCAAGCUCCAGCGUUUGGAAGUGCAGGGUAUGAAUCUUACUCCAAACUGCGGGGAUACGAAAUGGAAAUGCAGUCAGAUUUGCAAGUGCUCAAUCGGAUGGCCGUUCAUGCGGGAAUCCGAAACCAGUUUCUGGAUGAAAAGAAGAUUAUGGAGGUUUAUAUUUGCAUUCAAAAUCGGAGUCAGUUUCUGAAAGAAAAAGAAUCAAUAUGGGAAAAGACGACUAUGAAGGUUUAAUAUUUCAUCGGAGAACUUCUGAUAGAAGGACAACGUUGUUCUACGUACUAGAGAUGGGGAACAAGCCUUCUGCCUUCAGUACAGAAUCAGAAUGGCCUAACAGUUUGGGUUCAGAAUGAGGCUCAUUCUGGACAGAUCUUCACCUAAGCACAACUGGGUGCACCUCUCUAAUCCUCGGAACGCCGAAAAAGAGACCUACAGACCAUCGCCAGAAAAAGCCGCGGAUAAGGAUACCUCCUCCAUAAACAACAGAUCGGCCGAAAACUUCUUGUCUCACGUAUUUUCUCUUACAGCACCCAUCGUUUUUCUGUUCAUCACCUAGCUAGGAUGCCUCUCCUAUUUGGUGAAGCCAUGCAAUUCUUAUGCGAUUCAUGAGAGCAAAAAGCUUUGACUUUAUUGUUUAUUGACCAGAUUGGUCUUAGUUUACAUCUGGACUCCCCUAGUGACCAAUAACGGUACCUGUGCUCUUUUUUGCCUCAACACAGGUAGCCAGCGCUUUAUCGGGCGCUGCGUCAAAGGAAUUAUUGAAGUCGAUCUCGGAAUUCUCACGUCAUUGGCAAGACGAUUUGACUUUGAGUCAAAGCACUUCUUAUGGCAGCCGUCGAAAUUGAUAUCCCUAGAUUGAUAGACCAUAGCCAUAGCUAUACCGUCGAUCAUUAUAAAACUAUACAGUUCUUGCACGUGGUGACUAUACGUAUAAACGUAGAUCAUCAGUGGAGAUUGUGAUUGGGAGAUUGAACAAAGUGGGUGUCAUCCUAUUGUACUUCUACCUUGUUUAGUUGUCCCAUUUUUGAGACAGACAAGUGACAGAAGCAAGAUUUUAUCCAUUUCAUUCCGUAACUGAAACUACAACUGGUCUGUUCAUUCAUACUUAGUAGUCUCUCUCUUCUCUUCAUCUUCAAUUAAGUAUAUGUAGGUCUAGUUCUAAAUACCCGGACACCAAGGCUCACGGGAUCUUUCGACAUCCAAGAAUUCGCGUCUUCUAUCCUACGACGACGCAGCUAGAAACAAGCGCUACAGUCAGCUGGAACGGGAGACGAAGAAGGUGGAAGAGGAGGAAAAGCUAGAUUUACUAUACCACAAUCAAGAGAUAUGGGUGAAAUGGGACACUGGUGCAGGUUGAUGGAAGUAUGUUGUUCUUCUAGGUACUACGGGGCUAGUAGUCUACUUCUCUUCCCAUUCUAGGUCGUUAGAAGAAAGGGUUGGGAAAUGUUGAUUUCUUACCUGGUGUUGCCUCUUGGGUUACAUUUCUUCAACAUAGCUUUCACAAUAGAAGCGAAAGGAAGAAGUAUAUUAUCAACUUCUCGCACAAUAUUAUCAACAUAAAGGUAACGAUAUUCACUGUUGGCAAAUUUCUCUAAUACAACAAGCAAGAGAAACAGCUCAAGUCGAGCGUGGUAGAUCGAGUCAAAACGGGACAGACUCAACUCGCCGAAAACGCAGUAUGAACGCCAAUUUCCGAAAAAGGCAGCAGAAAUAUACUGGUACUUAUAUACCUUUACGUUCAUGAUAUAACGAUCUCAUUAUGUUUUCAUUUUCAUUUCUCGCGUUGAAUCAGAUCAUGUUGUCACAACUAUGCGAUUCAUCUAUAUGCUGGUUUUUCUGCAAAACUCGUCAGGCGACACUCCCACGAGUUCUUGUGCUGAUGAGACACCACGACUACCAGAAAGACAAACAGUCGAGGAAGAAGUGGUGUCGCCCACAACAGCAGCACUGAAUGACCUGAUGUUAUGACUGGGACAGCGCUCUACUCUCAACAACAUCAGAUGAAUGAAUGAUUCAUAGUACAAAAACACUCGAUCUGAACGAAGUGUAAUCGAUUUGAAUAGUUGGAAUUCACAGAGCUCUCUCCGCUGGACGAGGCUUCUUUGCACAAAAAAGUGCUUUUAAGAGUAUGGCUACUUCGCCGUGAAUAUGUGGCAUUUAUAGUGUACUCGGUUAAAUGUGUACACCUUAGUUUGUUAGGUUAUCAUCUUUUGAGCACUGAGCACAAGAGUGAGUCAUCUUCUCUAAUCUCUGUCGACCAUUUCCCGCCUGGUCCCUCUAUAGACCGCGAAUUAGCAAAAAGUGGGCUUAUUAUGGCCAACAAGGAAGACUCCUUUGCUGGCUUCGGGGGAUCCUUAGUUGCCCAACAAGAAGGUGGUGCAUCUUCUUCUUCGGCUGGAAGCUCCAAGAUGACGCACAGCAGUCCACAAGGAAUCGUAGCGGUGCCAUUUGUUAAGAGGGGGAUUGAGUUUUUGUGACGUUAUAGGACCUGUGGGUAAAAAAUUGCAACUAGAAGCAGUACCGACACUAGUGCGAGAAUACAAGAUUUAGUACGUAGAAUACUUGGUAGAAAAAAAUGGUCAGGACCAUAGUGAAUUGUAAAUAUUGUCAUAGCUAGGUACCUUCGCGGUUCUUUCAAGCUUGAUGAAAGCAAAGAGAAUUUCUAAGUCAGGCGGCACAAGAAUCGUCGAAAGAAGCAACAUUCUUGUCGCAAGCAAUUUUCAGGAGACACGACACGAAUGCGAUCAGGAGACGUCGAACACCAACAGAGAUAUGAAAUCAAAUUGAAUCAAUGGAUCUUGAUCAUUCUCUCCACCAGAGCCCAUGAUUUUUUGUAGCCUAUAGUUAGAAGUAGUAAUAGAUAUAGAUUCCUGCAACAGCGGCCUAAUUAGAAAUUUUUCCUUGAGACGUAGAUCUCUAAUGCAUCCCAGACAGGCACUCACCACGCAGACACGGCAGAGCCAGCAGGGACCCACAUCACCCGCGAGAGUACCAGAGGAGGAGCGGUGAAAGGCGUUGCAGAUUUGUCCUCUGAUCCAUCUGCAAACACUAGUGGGUCGACGAUUCGGUCCGUCUCGCAGCUGAAUUUUGACAAGAUCAAUCAGAGCAGACAUAAUGAUCAUAUUAAUAGUGCAGCCGCACUUGCUGUUGAACCUGAUCGGAAUAAACCCGCGCCAAGGAUUAGUCAGGCAGAGGAGCGUUUAGACGACUUCUUUGCACAAAAAGGCAGAGCAGACGAAGUCAAAGCAGAUUCUGCACAUCAGAUUUAUGACGAUCUCAGAUCUCUUUGUUAUUUUCGUUACUCGAAAACUGAAAAUAACCGAGUUACUGACUGAAAUAAGGGAGGUAGCUUUGACAGGGCUACUCUUCCUUGUUCAGUAUCUCGCUUAUUUUCAGUAGUUACUCGCUUAUUUCAGUUUUUCGAAUACAUUGAUUGUGGAUGCAGUUAUGUGGAGUUCCUAGCGACCGCCAAAGUUGGAACUAAUUUGGAACUGUUAUUGUAGUACUUUGUAUUGCUUCUAACAACCGACACCAGACAAUAAAGGUGGUUCGCAAGUCGAGGAAUUUCAUCCCGCAACUGCAACAAGCUCGUCUCAGAAUAACACUUCCGCUUCUUCACAGGCAAUCGAAGAACAGCUAUUACGUGGUCUUGCCGUUAAUGUUAAGGGGGAUCUCGAUAAUUCAUCUUGAGAAGCAGUCCUGAAGAGUAUGCCUCCGUAUCUGUUCGCUGCAGAUAGGUACUCUUCAAGGAUGAAGACAAAAGAUGAAUACCUGCACUAGGGUCUAACAAUGGCAGCAGCAUCGAACUAGUACUCGCAGAUCAGCAGACUGGUGUGUCCUCCACCACUUUUGCAGGAGUGGUCAAAGAGCAAGCAGAAGUGGAACCUCUUAUGUUGGCAAUUUCUAACUUCCUUGUGUAAAGAGAAAGUGUCUUAAGAACAGGUACUACAACUGGUGAAAUUAUAGAUAUACUAUGUAUAGAUUCUGCCUGGAAUAAUGGCUUGUUUUUUCUCUACAGCUACACAUUGCUUGAUCGAUGUUCAUUUCAUGCUCUUCUUCUAAUCAUCCAACCUCAACAAAACAAGGCCUAAUCUCAUCUUCUUCGUAUUUGUCUCCGCGACUGGCCAGUCCUCGACACAUCCAUGGACCGGACAAGGGUUCAUCAAAGCCAGGGUCUUCUGCCAUAUCUUCAUUAAGGGUUUCCACAUACCUUCUACUCGUUCUUAAUCAAUUACAAUUUUUUUAGUGCAGGAGUUAGUUUACAUAACGACCUACAAUCUAGUCCCGUCAUCAUUAAGGGUUUCCACAUUGGAGAGAAGUCAGGGAUUUUCUGGAGCAUGUAACUCGGUAACCUCUAACUUCAGCGGCAGCAUCGCCACGACCGAAAGUCCUAGAUGCGCAUGGAAUGGAGGGCCUAGGUCUAUCCUCAGACGAUGAGGAGGAAGAAGCUUUGUUUCCCGCUGUUAGAGUAGGUUCGCCGCGUGAGGGAUCAAAACCUGUUGGACAAGCUGAAGCUAGAGAAGAUGCAGUGGCGAGCGUAUCAAAGCCACCAUCAUCCCCACCAAGAAUAGAAGACCACGCUGUAUCUGUAGAAGAAAGGGGAGCACAACCUAGCAGUAAAGGUGCUACACAAGAAUUAGUAGAAGAGGCUCAGGCUGAAGCUGAACAAAAUAAGCAGAUGAACAGCAUCAAGAAAGAGCUCGAAAACAAGAACAACGAAGCCGAAAUACUCACGACUAACAACAAGAAGUACCGUACAAUUAGUGACUUGUCAUCUGAAGGUGAUGUGGCAUCACCACAAGUCCGAAGAGCUGCUUUGCACACUGACGAAGACGCCGUAAGAUUUGAUGAUGAAGAAGAGCGUUGUGCGAAAGCCGGUGAGGAUUUUGAUGCUGUUAAGAAUGUGCUGAGUGUUUUUACUCACUUAUUUAUCCAAUGUUUUUGAGAAACAAGCACUGCGAAGAAGAUGUACUAGAAGUUUUUCAUUUCUAACCUCUAUCGGUUCUAGUAGAGGCUACUCCUGCAUCCAAGUACGAAAAGGAAUCCCUUGCAAUUCUAAGACUUGAGCCUUUCUUGCGCCACAAAGUGAUCGACAAGUCUGGAGUGGAAGUCCUGAUUCUUCAUACGAUGAUAACGAUUUCGAAGAAGAGUGGCCAAAGGUUGAAGACGAAGACGAGGCUGAAGCGGAAAUGUUAGGUCUACUGGAAAUCACUUUGGAUUAUUCAGUUCCAGAGUACGGUAACGGAUUCACUGUACUUUCAGACAACUGCUUACGCCAGUAGUAGUGCAAAGAAGCUCGUACUUCAUUCUCUACCCUAGAAUCGUAGUGAUUGACUCAAGUACAAAGAGGAGCUCUUUCAUCACGGUAGAGCAGUUGUAGUCGUAGUGUUUAUUCGUUUAAGUACAAAAAGGAGCUCUUUCAUCACGUUAAAGCGGUACGUAGUUACUCACUCAAGUACAAAGAGUUGAAAGUGAAUACUAGAUGAUCAUCCUUUUUCCUAUCGCGCUAAUCAACGAAGAACAAGGGAGAACUCAUGGAGCCUCGCAGAAUGAGAGAGACGACGCUAUCGGCGCUCAAAAGAAUCCGCUUAGUAGUUUGAUAGCAGAAGCGCGAGGCGCGUUAUCAUCCAGUAGCACUCCUAAGGAUUGUUGACUCAGAUCUUGAUGGAAUUGAAGAAAGACUGAAUGAUCGAAACAGAAGCUGGCGAUAGAUUAACAUUAAAUAUGGUGGAAAAUCUUCCGGGUCUUUCUUUUACAUUUUUCUAGUUACAGGUCUGCUCCACCACAAUUAUAAGGUGAAAAACCUGACCACUCUAAGAUACCUGUGGAGGAUGCUAAUUUCGGCGGAUCCCCCAUGAGACAUGGCGAAGCAGAAGCUGGAGGUACGAAAGUCGAGGAGCCUAAGGAGCACUCCUCCUCAAGGACGACGAUGGUUGCCGUCGCUGGUGGUGGACGACAAGCCGUGCCUGUUGUGUCUUUGGAUUUGGAGGCGCCAGCAGGAAGCCCAGGGUCGUCGUCGGAUGGAAAAAUGAAGACGAAAAAAGGUAAUCGCUGAUGUCAAGAAUAUUCUGAUCAAAGAACUCGUCAAACUGAGGGCUUUAUUCAUCUCUUAAGGGUAGUCAACCAAUUAUAUCCUUUGUUUUCAGAAUUCGACGAUAUUUUGGAUCUAUUGGGCGAUGGUGCGGAUCUGAGUGAAGACGACUCCAUCCCCUCUCCGGCUAUGACAAAGAUGACGGCUCCGGGAUCUACAGUGGCGCCUUCGACGAGUGCGUUCAUUAUUAUGAGAGGAUGAGGAUGACGACGUGAUGUUGAUUACAUUCAGGGUGUUAGGUCUCUACGGGUGUUAGGAACGACACUAACAGGCGGGGCAUACAGAGGAUGAGGAUGAAGAAUCAUUUACGUUAUUAGUACCAGGAAAAGUGGGUGGAUAAAGUCCACUUUUUAAGUUUAAAUUCAGUCACAGUGUCGAGUUUCACUCAGUUUCAUCAUUUUUGAGUGUCUUCUAAUCUCGCACCAUCGGACGCUGGCGAGCAGUCAGUGCUAUCUUCCCAAUUUUUGCCGACAGCGCGUAGAGACAACAUCAACACUUUCGGCUUUCGAGUUGGUGGAGCUGGCCCUUCAUCUUCCAGAAGCAACACAUCCUCAGCGAGCAGCACCUUAGUGGCAGCAGCGGGGGGGAACUUCGCGGAAGUUAAGUUUUGUAGAUUGAUUUGCGUUCUUUCAGAUACUUGGUAGAUAAAAAAAUGGCAUAACUCAGAUACUUAGUAGAUAAAUGGCAUAACUACUUACAGGCAACGAGAAACUCACAUCCCCGACGUCUAUUGCGUCCACGUCAGGCACCUACCGCCUCCUGGUAGCUUUCUCUAUCGAGCAAGAGUUGGCUCCUUUGGCUAGUAGAGCAGAUCAUACUUCUAACAUCCGAGGAGGCACAUCAUCGUCAAGAGGUGCUCGGCAGAGCAAGAUGAGGCCGCCGUUUGGAGGGACUAGUAGCGAAGACAACACUCCGAGAGUAAACUUGAUUGCUCCACCUGCAACAAGCACAUUUUCGGUGGUAGACGGAGGUCGUGGUAUUUCUAGUCUGAAGUCUUCAAGUCCACGGGAAAAAACCUCUGAGUCUGAAGCUAAUAGCUCACCUCUCGCAGUCGGAGGAGAAGCGGAGACUUCUCAACAAGGAGCUGGGAAACAACCGCCAAAGAAAGCAGCACCACCACUCAGAAUCGGUGCUUCGGCAGCUACCUUUGGUGCUGGGGCGUCGAGCAAUCUAGUUAGUAGUACAACAGGCAGUUUAGGUGCGACGACCACAUCUCCUAUUAUGAUGAAUGCAAAAAGUGUACUACUCAUCCUCAAGAAAUAAAGAAGCAGUUCUUUCCUACCCAGAACUACCUGCCUAGCUUCUUGAGGAUGAGCACACUUUUUCUUUUCAUAGCUACAUCUCAUAGAUCACAAAUGGGAAACAAAAACAGGACUGGAGCGGGUCUAGGAGAGCAGCAGCUUCUUCCUGGUGCUGGACUUUUCGGUGGUGGUCGCGCUGGUGGUUCGUUUAAUGCUAGAGGACCAGGAUUUCGGACGGGUGCAACGGGCGGCGCACUUGGAACUCUAACGUUAUGGGAGGUGUUGUUGAAAAUUAUACAAAGAUCACAACAAAGAAACUUGUAAGUAUAUAUAAUCCUCUUUUUAUUUCUGUAUUCGUUUUGUGCGUACUAUCCGGUGAAGUAGAUAGAUACCUUCGUGCUCUUCAUUGUAAGUAAUACAAGUCAACGCGAGUCUCGAUUAAGUUCCUUGUUCCAUAUCUCAUUUUAUGCUUCCACCUCUAAUGAGGGGGCAAUCCUCGACUUCCUCUCUGUCAUCCGCGUCAGCCCUAGGUGGUAUAGCGAAUCGCUACGGAGGAGGAGCAAGCAAAGCAGGAGGAAAGAAUCCAAAUACUGCAAGCAAGUUUGGGGAUCUCGCUGCAAGCAGUGGAUUUCCGGAAGACGAUUAGAUGACUCACGUCUUAUUCACCAAAAUAUGAAUCUGAAUCAGUAUCAGUUAACAGAUUAAUACUUAUCCCUCAAGAAAGUGACCACUUCACCCUAUUAGAUCUUGAAGAUUAGCGUAAACCAGUACGCUAGUCGCAAUUUCAUGUCUUUCAAUUGUUUGAAUUACUAUUACAAAUAGUAGUUGUGUUUUUUUUUUCUAGAUGGAUGGCAAGCUAAUGUUUUUUAUAAUGCGCACAAGCGCCAAGACUAUCAGUAAAUUAUAUAAUUUCGCGUUAUUCAAAGAAGAUAGAUUCACGACUUUUCACUCAGGUUUAACACUAAAGCCAUGCGGGCAUUGAUAUAGCAUCAUUGUCUUCACAAAGAAAUGGAAACGAUUCGCGUACUAUUAAGAACACGUUUUUACAAGUAUUCGCCGCGCAAAGUUAGGAAAGUAAUCCAAUUUCACAAGUGCAACAUUGUCCCAUCCAAAUUGCCGAACAUGGAAAUAUGAGUUGUUUUUUUUACCGAGAUUCAUUCUACCUUUUGUCUCACUGCCUAGUAGUGUGAGCUCUUUUGAAUGAUACACAUCAGAAAUGAGGCAGUCUCUUGGAGAGGCCAGUCGUGAAAUAAGGAGGACCCAGUUGUUACGAGUCCUGUCCACCAAGAGCAUCUUCUGAAACAUUCAUGCACUUUUUGUUGCUUUGUGUGAACUAAGAAUGUCCAUCACGUGUUGGGACUCGAUCCCUCUGCGGGCUG